UAAGAACAUUUGAUGUACACAAACCCCAUCAUUGACGUUCUUUGAAAUGGUUAAGUAUAAAAACAUUUGGUAUAUACUUACAAACGUAUGAAAGCUUGGACCUCAGCGAUGUUCUCUGGGUUUACUGUCACAUCUGAGACGUUGUAUGCAUUGGAGACACUACGCUCAUCUGAAAUUUGAUUAUUUUUCUUAUUAGAACAUUACAACCAUACUAUAUAACAAUGUCACAUUAGUAAGCACACAGAACAUAACAAAGUUACCUUUCCAAAUUUUAAUUUUGCCAAACCUCAGAACACAAAUAACUGUGUUCUCAGAACGCAACUGAACUGCAUCACUGAUGUCCUCUGCAAACUUCCCCCAUAACACCAGGGGGAGACGUUCAUCCCUACACACAAUACCAUAAAUAUAUAAGGUAUCGAUAUAAAGCCACAGAAUAAUAUAGAAUAUAAAGUUAAAUUAUAUUUCUUCACUUACUCAGUAUCACGCAGUUCCACAGAGAUCUUCUGGGUGUCCUUACCAUUGACGGACACAACUUCAAUGUGGGACACUUCAACAACUUGGCCGACAACAUCUAGAACAAUUUCAGAUUCAAAAAAAUAUAUAGAUUAGUAACUAAAUAGAAUUAUAAAAGAUUUCAAAGAAGACAGUUGUUGAAUAUCAUUAUAGUACAUAACAUCACUUACCAACUAAGAAGUCUGGAUCGAGCUUCCCAUUGAGUACAGCACGGUAAUUAACCGGCUCCAAUCCAGUCAUGUUGUAAGGCAACGCCUCACAUAUCCUGACACGGGUUGUAGGAAGGAAAACCACCUUGUAUGGAUGUUUGGUUGUCCGAUAAGAACCACUUGAAUGGGUGACCGUAAAAUUAAUUAGGAGUUUCGUUUGUCCCUGGUGCAGCACAUGGGCGAACUGGCCCACUUCAUCCUUCUUCACGGUCCCAUGAAUCUUAUCACCCUAGAGUUAAAAAUGAACAUAGAAUAGUAAGAAACCAAGAUCUAUACAACAAUUAACAUAAGUUUUUAGCAAUGUAAAACCCGUAUAGGGACUUACUCUAGAAUCCACGAAAACCAUUUCAAUAGUCUCGCCCCCGGCAGCUGAAUAUUGCUUCCAUAGCCGAAUGAUUUUAACCUUAACCUUCCACAUUGACUUGAAAGGUUUCAACUCAGAAAUGUUGUUCAUCGCAGCCAUUUUUUUUUUGUGUUUUGCUCUAUAGAAAUGUUUAUUUGAUUGUAGAAAUGACGUACAUCCUCCUUACUGUUAUAUAAGAGGAAAUCACAGAAUUAACGUGACUUGAUGCGUACUCUAAGGCAAUAAAUGGAAUAGAAAUAGAUUGUCAAUCACUUUGAAAUCAGAGCAUAAUAUAUUCUAUGUUUACCAUAGAAGGUCACUGAUUCACAUAUUCUCUAUAAAUGUGGUAUAAACUUGCGGAAUCAUCAUAAUAAUUUACCAUAUCUACGGGAUUCCAAUUGGUUUUAUUUACCUAAUUUAGGCAAUACUUAUAGAUACUAACCUAAAAUAAAAAAGUCCACAUCGUACAUAUUAAACGGACGUACUUAGCAAAGUUUUUAGGCUAGAUACAUUGCACAAUAAAAUUUGGAAAACCAGAAAAAAUUGAAUAGUUUUUGCAAUAAGUGGUUAUGUUUUAAAUUCUACCAAUCUAAACCGUCUCUUCUUCAUCGAAUUGUUUAUGAAGUAAUUGUGCCACCUUAGAAAUCAUGUCUAUUUUAUUAUAAUUUAAGUUCAAAGCUCGAAUUUUGAAAAACAAUUGUUAAGUAAAUGAAAGUAGCACAUAUACACAUGGAAGUGGUGUCAUCGAAGACCCUUAUGUGAGGAGAGUUUGAAAUAAUAAUAAUUCUUGGUUGGCAUGAAAUUCUCUGGCUACGAACAUAUGUAUUUCUUGGUUGUCAUGAAAUUCACGUUUUGGUAAAUGAAAUAUAAUAAACUCUCUGUCUACGAACAUAUGUAUUAAUGUCUUGGUUGGCAUGAAAUUAACGGUUUGAAUUGAAAUAAUCAAGUCAAAUAAUUUUUUUAUAAGGUAAUGUGGGAAGAGGGGAUAUUAUUAAUUCUAUUGUUUAUGUCUUAGUGAGAAGAGAGUGCCGUAGGUUAUAAAUUUUAUUAUAAGGUAAUGUGGGAAGUUUAGGACCACGAUAUAUUUGGAUGGGAAUGGCAUUUUUUGUAAAUACUCUAGUGAACCUUGGGUAGUUUAAUAUGUUGGCUGAGAGAGAAUGUGGAACUGCCACCUCAGGAUGGCAUCCUUGUAAAUAUUCUACCUUUUCAAGGUUUCUUUUUCAAAUUGUUUCUUCAUUAAUAAGUAAGGGAUAAGACUUGCAGUCACGAAAAAAAAAAUUUACACACAAAACAACAAACACAUUACAAUCUUUUUUGAACAUUACACAUUACAAAAAUUUGAGGAAAUGAUUACUAAGACUUUUUUUUUAUUAAUGUAAGUAAUCCUUUAGGACUAGAAAUGUGUAUGAACACACAAAAAGGGGCAUGUCACAGUCUACUUUGUAUAAUUUUCCUUAGUAUCAUUAACCCUUUUUAUUCCGGAAUUCAAAAAUGGAACAAUAUGCAUAACACACUGAUGUACAUUUUUGGGCACACACUUUGUGCACUGAACCCACAAGAAAACGCAGACACGUUUUUUUGAGUUUAAGAGUUGUCAGCUUUCGAAAGUAUAUGGUGUUAAUAUACAAAGUAAUGGUUGGGUUUCAUGUACUUUGAAUGGUGAUCAAGGGAAUGCUGAAUUCCUUAUCAUUCCCAAAAAAAAUCACAAUUCACAAGGAAUAGUUUUUUCUUUUUCUUCCUCUACAUUCCUUUUUUUUGUAGAGAAAUAUAGAACAAAAACAUUCAUUCUUAAAUUUGAUAAGAAACAAGCAUUCCUUUUCAUUCCUGUAAUUUUAUUACUAUACGUUCUUUUUUUAUUCAUUCCUCGUGUUCCCGAAAAGAUCACUAGUCGGAGCUUAUUGUUCCUUAUUGUAGAAAAAUAAGUUGGGAAAUUUUUAGAGAGGAACGAGUCCAAAAUGUGACAUUUUAACCUGUAAAUAAGGUGACGUGUUAGUUUUUUUGUUUUAAAAAAAAGAUUUGUUGUUGUUUACUUAAUUAAUAUAAGCAAUUAAUAAGAAAUAAAUAAGGAAACAUAAACAAAAAUUAGAAAAACUAGCAAAAAUUUUAAAAUCGAACUUUUGAAAAACAAUAUUGAAAUUAAAAAAAAAAUCAUUUUUAAAAUGAACUUUUUGCAAAAAAAGAAAGAUUUUUUUUUAUUUUUUUGUAAAAUCAUAUAAAACUCUAAAAAAUUAAAAAAAUAAUUUCGAACAUAUAUAUGAUCACUAAAUGUUACUCUUAAUAGUGGACCACAAGGCCCCCCUUGUAAUUAUUAUGAUUUUAGAGCCAUUAUAGUAUUAAUCAAUAAAGAAGAGUACUUAACAGAAAAUGCAAUCUUGAAAAAAGGAAAAUAUAAUAAUAUAUUGAGAAAGAGUAUUCAAAAAGAAUUAAAUCUCAAAUAAUUAUCUUGAUAAACCAUUCAAGAUUCAUUAACAAUAUAUAAGAUUUGGUUCACUUAUUUUGCACUCCUCAUAGGUCAAAAUAGUAAUAAAUCAAAAGAAUUGACAAAAUCUUCAUAUUCAGAAUUGAAUAAUUUUUUGGCAAACUAUUCUUAGUCAAAAUCAAGGAAGAACAUUUUUAUUUGGUAAUGUUUAAACAUUUAAGGAAAACGAGAAUUGACUUUAAAUCCAUCUAUUAAAAACUUGACCAAAUUUUCCUAUAAUUUGGGUAUUUAAUAUGAGGAAGAAUUCAGUUUAUAUCCUCUCCUAAAAUAUAGUUAUUUAAAUCCUCCGCUAUUCUCGUUAGCAUCAGUUAUAAUCAUCUUGCAACUUUACAUACAAUCUUCAAAUUCUGAUAAUAAUAAAUCAGGGGAUAUCGGGAUUUUUAAAAGAAAAAAAAAACAAGAGGUUAAACAAUGGGAGAAAGGAGUUGGUAUAUGACAAGAGAAGAGAUAGAAGUAAAGUCCCCAUCGAGAGUAGACGGUAUCGACUCAAAGCAAGAGAGUUUCCAACGUUGGUCUUACUCUACUUUCCUCCAGGAGCUUGGCCAGAGACUCCACAAUCCUCAGAAGUCCAUAGCUACAUCGAUAGUCUUAUGUCAAAGAUUCUUCACUCGCGAAUCCCUGGCGAAGAACGACCCCAAAACAAUCAGCAUCAUAUGCAUGUUUAUCGCUGGAAAAGUCGAAGGGUCUCCGAGACCGGUGGAUGACGUCAUCGCCAAGGGUUGCAGGGUUUUACAUGGCAAGGAACCGUCGACAGAGAUGUGCGCGAGAUUGAAGGGGGCUGUGCUAACCGGUGAGAAGUUUGUGCUCUCUACGUUAAGGUUUGAUGUCGAAAUCGAACACCCUUAUGAACCGGCUCUGCAUUGGGUUAGGAGAUGGAUUAAGGUCGAGAUGGACGCUAAGAGAUUGUAUCAGGCUGCGUGGAAUUUCCUCAAUGACGGUUUAAGGUCUUCGCUUUGUUUGCAGUUCAGGCCGAGUCAGAUCGCUGCGGCUGCUUUAUAUCUUGGCUCGCGCAUGACUAAUGUGAAGAUACCAUGUGAUGGGGAGAAAGAUUGGUGGCUAGAGUUCCAUGUAACCAAACGUCAACUGUGUGAUAUUUGUAACCAGACGCUCGAAAUUUACCAACAAGACUUCCUUAUUCCGGUUAAACAUGAAGCAAAGUCUAAGUUUGGUGAUGGAGGUUUAUUGAGACUAGAGCCAGGAAGAUGAAACAACAUCUUUGUCAGAGUGACUCUUGAUGGUCAUUUAGUAUCAUAAUUAAGUGAAAAAUCAUAAAUGUAGUCUAAAAAUGUUGUUCAAACAAUUAUUAUUAUUAUUAUUAUUAUUUUGAAAUGAUUGUUAAAUUAAUUCAAAAAAACUUUUUUAUAUCAGUGUGCUUCCUUUCUUAUUCUCUAUACAAAAUUUCUUCAAAGAGUUAAACUACUCUCUUCUAUAUCUUCAAACUUCAACCUCUUUUUUAGCUUUGCUUGGCUCCAAACCAAUAGCUUAACCCUCCCUAGAGUUCCUUAUCCUUCUUCUUUUGACUAAUAGAGAACUUGUUUCUCACAGUUUUAUCAAUCAUGAUUGCCAAAAGAGUUGGUGGAAACUCCUUUUCUCCAUGACUUCUCCUAUUUCUCUCUCUCCAAAUGUUAUGAACAGCUGUUUGAAACAUAUAUCUGGUUGUAAAUAGCUGAAGCUUAUUCCCAUCUGAGUCAGUGAUAAGCCUCACUAUCUACGUCUAACUCUCUGUAUAAUGUUCCUUGAGAACUCCUCUCUCCAUAUUCCCCCAUAUCUGUUUUGAAUAAGGACACUCAAAAAGAGAUGGACAACUGUUUCCAUACGGAGCAUUCCAGAAAAAUAAUGAAGUUAUUGAGAGAUGAGGUAUUGGCUAAAAGAGGCUAAAGAGCUUGUAAUUAAGGUUUUAGUCUAAACCAGUGAGACUCUAUUUGAUUGAGUAUUUAAAAGCGUGAGAAACCCUACGAAUGUGCCUCUCCCAAUCUCACUCAGAAGAAAACGCAGACAGCCAUGGGAGCACUAAAAAGGAAAUCAUCAUCCAAUUCCACAACCUUAGCUAAGCAAAGAAGAAGAGAGGGCCUCACUUUCCCAACUCAAUACUCAAGGCCAUUGUGAACCUGACGCCUAGACAUGGCCGAUCCUGAGCAUAGGCCAGUCAAAGCAUUAGCUUAUGACCCCAAUUUGUUUUUGAAAAAUUAUAUAAAAAUAAACACUUAAAAUUAUAGAAAUCUUUACUGAAUAGUCUACAGCUCCCGAGAUCUCAGGGCCGUCAUGCCACGUGAUCAAUUCCGUUGAUCAAGCAAUUUGUAAGAGUAAGAAGAAGGUAUCCUGAAUAGGAAUUCAGGAAGAAAACAAUCGAUAUGACCGCCAUGACAGCUACGACUACGAGUUUCCUGAAGAUUUCGAGUAAACCUGCCUGUUAAAUCGUAUUACAAUAUCUAUUCUCUUGAUGCUGUAUGUAUUCGAUUGUGGCAAAAUCUUUGUUGAGUGUUCUUGAUUCAGUGGAUACAGAGCUAGAGAGUCGCAAAGUGAAUGCAGCUGAUGAAAACAAAGUCUCUUCAUCCCUUAAGAAAAUCGGAGACGGAUGGAUUCAAGCCGAGAAACUACUCAUAACUUUUAACUCAUGAACACAAUUAUGUUUAUAUACCCAUUGAAUAGUUUAAUUGUUUUUCUAAUUUUUUUAAAAUACAUUUACGGCUAUUUAUUAAGGUCAAAUUUUAAAAUAUUAUUUUUCAAAAACUUAUCAAAAUUUCUAAACUAACCCUAAUUUAACAAAGAAACGACUAAAUUGCUCUAACUCCUGAAUCAAAAUUCUAAUUUUUAAAUACUAAAUAAAUAAUAUCUAAACCCAAAUACAAAUCGAACGUAGACUUUUUUUAAAAAAAUUAUUUGGUAUUUUUGGAAAUUUUCCUUUUUAUGUGCUAUUUUAAAAAUAAAACUUUUUACUACGUACUGUGCUAUGGUAUUUCUCACUAAUUAAUGUACGGAUUAAUAGGUCAGCGUUUUCUCUCAUACCCUGACUUUGUAGUAUCAAGCCCUAAGAACCAUAAAAUGAUAUGUCACAUUAUUACGAAGAUGGAAGGAUUCUCUAUAGAUUGAUAUAUCCAGCUUUCACCAAUAAUCAUAUUAACCUGAAGAAAACAAAAAAUCGCAAGGGAAAAAAAAUUCCUCCUCACACUA